AUGUCGCAUAGAGAGAAAACACAGAACCUCCUGAGCCUCAAGGGCAUUCUACACUCGGACGAGGGUCCUGUCGGCGACGAACCCAACUUCCGAUCUCUGCGAGACGGCCGUAGGUAUGUCACUGCAAAAGAUGCUGACGGCAUUAGAGACGUGACGUUUGUCGGGUUUCCCCAACUCGAUGCUACUCGGGAAGAGAAGCUUGCCAACCUUGCAGCGGACUUGAUUAAGCCCUCCAAGGAGGCUUGUCCCCAAACGAUUGUAAGGUAUCUUGACUAUCUCCCAAAAGACCAGGUCUUUAUCGUCGAGAGACUUCCCAUGCAUAGAUCAUGGCGGCCCGCGAGAGGUACUACACAUGACGAUAUAGUCCUCGACGUGGCCUGGGAUCUCCUCCUUGCCCUCGCCUACCUCCACGCAACAGAUACCGUACACGGUGACGUACGCCUUCACAACGUAUUUCCCUUUCCCUCGGAAAACUUGUCGCGCGUCCGCUUCAAGCUCUUCGGACACGGCCUUGUCCCGGAGGUCAUCAGCCAUGACUUGCGCGACGACGGCUACACGGCCCCCGAGCUCCGCUUCCAGGGCAAGUGGUACGACUUCAGCGCCAACAUAAAGCCGACGUUCGAAUCCGACAUUUGGAUGCUGGGCAUGGUGCUCUGGCACUGUCACCGUUUUGGCAUCUACUACGACGGCCGCGAAUCCGCGAGGGAACGGUGGGAUUCAGACAGGCUGGUACAGCCUGACCUAACCAACGGCGCGGAAUAUGGUAUCAACCCGCUGGCUACCCGGACCCGUGGCUGUGAGCCUUCCCCACACCGAUUCGUUGAGGAUCUGCUCCAUAAGAUGCUCAUUCCGGACCCUGAGCGGCGAUGGACUGCUGCGGACUUGCUGGAGCAGAUGAAGAUGCAGAGGAAUUACACCGCGGCGGAGGAUGACAUGAAGCGGGACCUGGCUGGCCUACAGGCUGCUCUGAAAGGAUGGUGGCCGUGUUGA